UUCGAGACAGCCCAGGUCACUGUCUCAGCGAACCCUGCACACACGCACGCACACACGCCCGCACACACGCGCACACAGGCGUCCCCCGCUCGCGCGCGCUCUGAAAAAUGCUGGCACGAACGCAGGCGCACACUCUGGCGCGGGAGGCGCCCCCGCUCCGGCUCCGUGUUGGGAAGCGGGGGCGGCGGGAGGGGUAGGAGACGUUGGUCCCGCUCGGCGCUCCGCAGUCGCCGCAGCCGCCGCAGCGUCGGGACCGGGACAAGCGAAGCCCGCAGAGGAGCUGCCGCCGCCGGGUCCUUUCGGCGCGGGGCACCCGGAGCGGCGCCGAGACCCGCUUCAGCACCGCGGACAGCGCCAGCCGCCUGGAACAGAGCGCCCGGAACCCACGCGCACCCGGGUCCGCCCGGCCGGCCGAAGGCUCGGUGCCACCUGCUCGGUGCAGACGUCCCAGGACUAAGGCUCCCGGGGAAGACGUGGCGCCCUCAGCCCGCGGGAUCGGGCGCGCGCAGGACGGCCGGGGCGUCCCUCUGGGGAUGCGCCGAGGGCCCCGCGUUCGCGCUGCCCAGAGCCAGGGCGCCGCCCGGAGCCCAUGAGCACCAUGCGCCUGCUGACACUCGCCCUGCUUUUCUCCUGCUCCUUCGCCCGUGCCGCCUGCGACCCCAAGAUCGUCAACAUCGGCGCGGUACUGAGCACGCGGAAGCACGAGCAGAUGUUCCGCGAGGCUGUGAACCAGGCCAACAAGCGGCAUGGCUCCUGGAAGAUCCAGCUCAACGCCACCUCCGUCACCCACAAGCCCAACGCCAUCCAGAUGGCCUUGUCGGUGUGCGAAGACCUCAUCUCCAGCCAGGUCUACGCCAUCCUAGUUAGCCACCCGCCUACCCCCAACGACCACUUCACUCCCACCCCCGUCUCCUACACAGCCGGCUUCUACCGCAUCCCCGUCCUGGGGCUGACCACCCGCAUGUCCAUCUACUCAGACAAGAGCAUCCACCUUAGCUUCCUGCGCACCGUGCCGCCCUACUCCCACCAGUCGAGCGUCUGGUUCGAGAUGAUGCGCGUCUACAGCUGGAACCACAUCAUCCUCCUGGUCAGCGACGACCACGAGGGCCGGGCGGCGCAGAAGCGCCUGGAGACCCUGCUGGAGGAGCGCGAGUCCAAGAGUAAAAAAAGGAACUAUGAAAACCUCGACCAACUGUCCUAUGACAACAAGCGCGGACCCAAGGCUGAGAAGGUGCUGCAGUUCGACCCGGGGACCAAGAACGUGACGGCCCUGCUGAUGGAGGCGCGGGAGCUGGAGGCUCGGGUCAUCGUCCUCUCCGCCAGCGAGGACGACGCUGCCACCGUGUACCGCGCAGCCGCGAUGCUGAACAUGACCGGCUCGGGGUACGUGUGGCUGGUGGGGGAGCGCGAGAUCUCGGGGAACGCCCUGCGCUACGCCCCGGACGGCAUCAUCGGGCUGCAGCUCAUCAACGGCAAGAACGAGUCGGCCCACAUUAGCGAUGCCGUGGGGGUGGUGGCCCAGGCCGUGCACGAGCUUCUCGAGAAGGAGAACAUCACCGAUCCGCCGCGGGGCUGCGUGGGCAACACCAACAUCUGGAAGACCGGGCCGCUCUUCAAGAGAGUGCUCAUGUCUUCCAAGUACGCAGACGGCGUGACCGGCCGCGUGGAAUUCAACGAGGAUGGGGACCGGAAGUUUGCCAACUACAGCAUCAUGAACCUGCAGAACCGCAAGCUGGUACAAGUGGGCAUCUACAACGGCACCCAUGUUAUUCCCAACGACAGGAAAAUCAUCUGGCCAGGCGGAGAGACAGAGAAGCCCCGAGGUUACCAGAUGUCCACCAGGCUGAAGAUCGUGACGAUCCACCAGGAGCCCUUCGUGUAUGUCAAGCCCACGCUGAGCGACGGCACGUGCAAGGAGGAGUUCACCGUGAACGGGGAUCCGGUGAAGAAGGUGAUCUGCACCGGGCCCAACGACACGUCGCCGGGCAGCCCACGCCACACCGUGCCUCAGUGCUGCUACGGCUUCUGCAUCGACCUACUCAUCAAACUGGCGCGGACCAUGAACUUCACUUAUGAGGUGCACCUAGUGGCGGACGGCAAGUUCGGCACGCAGGAGCGGGUGAACAACAGCAAUAAGAAGGAGUGGAACGGGAUGAUGGGCGAGCUGCUCAGCGGGCAGGCAGACAUGAUCGUGGCGCCGCUGACCAUCAACAACGAGCGCGCACAGUACAUCGAGUUCUCCAAGCCCUUCAAGUACCAGGGCCUGACCAUUCUGGUCAAGAAGGAGAUCCCCCGGAGCACGCUGGACUCGUUCAUGCAGCCCUUCCAGAGUACGCUCUGGCUGCUGGUGGGGCUGUCAGUGCAUGUGGUGGCCGUGAUGCUGUACCUGCUGGACCGCUUCAGCCCCUUUGGCCGGUUCAAAGUGAACAGCGAGGAGGAGGAGGAGGAUGCGCUGACCCUGUCCUCGGCCAUGUGGUUCUCCUGGGGCGUCCUGCUCAACUCGGGCAUCGGGGAAGGCGCCCCCAGAAGCUUCUCGGCGCGCAUCCUGGGCAUGGUGUGGGCCGGCUUCGCCAUGAUCAUCGUGGCCUCCUACACUGCCAACCUGGCGGCCUUCCUGGUGCUGGACCGGCCCGAGGAGCGCAUCACCGGCAUCAACGAUCCCCGGCUGAGGAAUCCUUCGGACAAGUUCAUCUACGCGACGGUGAAGCAGAGCUCCGUGGACAUCUACUUCCGGCGGCAGGUGGAGCUGAGCACCAUGUACCGGCACAUGGAGAAGCACAACUACGAGAGCGCGGCCGAGGCCAUCCAGGCCGUGCGGGACAACAAGCUGCAUGCCUUCAUCUGGGACUCAGCGGUGCUGGAGUUCGAGGCCUCGCAGAAGUGCGACCUGGUGACCACCGGCGAGCUGUUCUUCCGCUCAGGCUUUGGCAUCGGCAUGCGCAAAGACAGUCCUUGGAAGCAGAACGUCUCCCUGUCCAUCCUCAAGUCCCACGAGAACGGCUUCAUGGAAGACCUGGACAAGACGUGGGUGCGGUACCAGGAGUGUGAUUCGCGUAGCAACGCCCCUGCUACCCUCACGUUCGAGAACAUGGCAGGGGUCUUCAUGCUGGUGGCCGGGGGCAUCGUGGCCGGGAUCUUCCUGAUCUUCAUCGAGAUCGCCUACAAGCGGCACAAGGAUGCUCGCCGGAAGCAGAUGCAGCUGGCCUUUGCAGCAGUGAACGUGUGGAGAAAGAACCUGCAGGUAGGGCAGGCCACCCUCCGAGGCCUGGUGCCCACGGCUCGGCCUGGCCCCGGCCCUCCUCCAUCCCCGCAGGCCGAAGCGUGGCUCUGGCUCCCAGGAGCCCCUGUGGUGAGGACUGGAGCUGGGAGCCACGGCCAAGGCCGCGCUGCUGGGGGCCGCCCGCAGGUGGCCGCCUCCGCAAAGCCGGGCUUCAAGCGUCCGCCUGGCCCCUCUGUCUCCAGAGUCGCCCACCGGCGCCCAUUCCAUAGGAAGGCAAACUGAGGCAGGGUAAGACAGGGACCCACCUGGGUGUAGCAUGUGAGUCCAAGACGCACUCUGCCCUCGCCGCCCCGCGCCCCUCCUUGGCACCCUCUGGGGACCCCCUUCCCCGCGGCCCUGGUGUGUCCUGUGCUCCAUAUAACUCCAGUCUUAACUGGCCGGCUGCUCCUGCCUGCAACCCCAGGCUGUGUCUGUGGGAAGUUGCCGCCAGCAGAGGACAGGCUGCACGUGGGGUGGCCACAGCCCACCUGGGACGGGCUCGUGCCCCAUAGUCCAGCCCCAGUCUGCCCCAUCUCUUCUCUUUCUCUGGGUACCUCCCCGGAGCCUGUGCCCUGGGAGGAAGCUGGUGCUGCAGGGAGGGAGGGCCGGGGCGACGGGGCUGCUGGAAGCCCACGCCUCUCAUCUGCCCUCUCUUGCUCUUGGGACCUGGCCGCUGCUCUCACUGGCGGGCACAGGGCCCGUCCUAACCAUCAGACCCGAGGCCAGGGUCCCAGGAGCUGCCUCCGUCUCUCUGUCACUCCAGCGCAUCUCGCCACCUGCCUUCGGCCCCUCAGCCCCUUCCUGAAUCUUGGUGCGCCUCCUCGGGGGUCAGAGUGGCCGGUGGGGCCGGUGGGGCAACUCCUCCCGUGCUCGGAGGGCUCCUCCUCCUCGGGACGCCCCUAAACCAGGGGCACCUCGGAGCCAGGGAGCCAGGCGGACCUCCCAGGAAGAGAGCCAGAUGGGACCCCCCGAGCCCAGCCCCAGCAUGAGCGAGGUCAGGCCCGAGAGCCGGGCAGGAGCAGAGGCCGCCUGCGAGUGUCCGACCAUCGGUCGGUCCAUCCAGCACAGGGAGGCAGGCCGGAGUGAGGGCCCGAGUGGCCAGCCAGGCCGGGCAGCAGCCCCCAAGGAGCAGGCGAGGGCAGGUGUGGCCGCCACCCUUAGCCGUCUAAUCACUUAUACAUAUUCA